AUCAGGUCUUUAUAUUUGGGGGGCUGAUUGUUUUGAGUUCUUUAUAUAUUCUAGAUAAUAGUAACAUUUGCUUGUUAUUAAAACCAUGAUGUGGUGUUUUUUGCAGUGCUGGGGAUCAAACUCAGGAUCUUGUGCUUGCAGGGCAGGAGUGUUGCCACUCAGCUAAAUCCCGGGCCCUAAUGUGGCCUUGUUUUAACCAGUCAGUAUUGAUAGGGCUUCAGAGACCAUCUAAUUUCUCAGUGAAAUAUAUGAGAGUGAUUGAUACAGGCUUAGCCACCCUUUUUGGCGAUGCUGGGGUUCAAACCUAGGGCGUGUUCAAGCUGGGUGGGUGUUCUGCUGCUGAGCUCUACUCCCAGGCCCAGAAUCAAACUCUUGAUGACCUUUUUCAAGUUUUUCUGGAGAGUUCUUACCCAGUUUUUCAAUUACUUGGCAAUCUUAGUAGGAAAACUAACCACCGACAGUGAAGAAUAUUCCUCCUAGCCAGUGUGUUAGUCUAAAUGUGCAUUAUUCAGACGACAGUAACUCACCCCUCAGGCUCCUGGAGUCAGGUAUCAUGACAACCCUGGAUGACAAGUUGCUGGGGGAGAAACUACAGUACUACUACAGUAGCAGUGAGGACGAGGACAGUGACCAUGAAGACAAAGACAGAGGCGGGGGUGCCCCAGCCAGCAGUUCCAUGCCUGCAGAGGCUGAGCUGGCAGGUGAAGGCAUCUCGGUUAAUACAGGUCCAAAAGGUGUGAUCAAUGACUGGCGCCGCUUCAAGCAGCUGGAGACAGAACAGAGGGAGGAGCAGUGCCGGGAGAUGGAAAGGCUGAUUAAGAAGCUGGCUAUGACCUGCAGGUCCCAUCUGGAUGAAGAGGAGGAGCAACAGAAACAGAAGGACCUCCGGGAGAAGAUUAGUGGGAAGAUGACUCUGAAGGAGUUUGCCAUGGUGAACGAGGACCGAGAUGAUGAGGAGUUUCUGCAGCAGUACCGUAAGCAGAGGAUGGAAGAGAUGCGGCAACAGUUAUACAAGGGACCCGAGUUCAAGCAGGUUUUUGAAAUUCCUAGUGGAGAAGGGUUUUUAGACAUGAUUGAUAAAGAGCAGAAGAGCACCCUCAUCAUGGUCCAUAUUUAUGAGGAUGGCAUUCCAGGAACUGAAGCCAUGCACGGCUGCAUGAUCUGCCUUGCUGCAGAGUACCCGGCUGUCAAAUUCUGCAGGGUGAAGAGCUCGGUUAUUGGGGCCAGCAGUCGGUUUACCCGGAAUGCCCUUCCUGCCCUGCUGAUCUACAAAGGAGGGGAAUUGGUUGGCAAUUUUGUUCGUGUCACUGACCAGCUGGGGGAAGAUUUCUUUGCUGUGGACCUUGAAGCUUUUCUACAGGAGUUUGGAUUACUCCCAGAAAAGGAAGUCUUGGUGCUAACAUCUGUGCGUAACUCUGCCACCUGUCACAGUGAGGACAGUGAUCUGGAAAUAGAUUGAACCGAUGGUCUUGUCACACAGAUUUCUCACUGUUUGGGUCUGGAAGACACAUGUCUGCUUAUUUUUGUUCCUUCUUAUGUCCCUGGCUUUUUAGCUGUUCUUUGUAGUCUCUUUUAUUAUGUGGAAAGUAAAGACAUUCUUAGAUUAAAUCAGAGUGCUAAAUCACCUUUUGGCUAGCAAUAAAAUGACUUAAAAUUAUAUAAACAGGAAGCCAGGCUUUGAGCUGUUUACUUAAGAUUCUCCAGCAUGACAUCUCUGUUAUUGUUUCCAGUCAAUAUUUACAUGGCAUCCUAAAAACAGUGUCCUGGAAAUUGUAUUAUGAUAAACUCAGAGGUCUGUGCCAGGUCUAAGAAUAGAAUUUUCUCUGCAGUGUGUUAUUUGAAAUGUAAAUCAUACAUUUCCCUAAUCAAAUGAUUGUGAUUUGUAUUUACUUAUAAUCAAAUCCAUAGCCCUUAUAAAGCAGUUCAGCGUUUUCCUCAGACCCUCUUCCCCAAGAUCUUGUUUGAAGGUUCCAGUUAGAGCCGGGGAUGUAGCUCAGCAGUAGAGUGCUAGCCUAGCGUGUGUGACACUUUGAUUUGGUUCCUGGUACUGCAAAAAAAAAAAAAAAAAAAAA